AUCAGUUUUCCGACAGUUCUAUUUUGACAUUUUUUCUGAAAUACGGAUCGUGGAGUGCUAAUAAUUUUGUGAUUUGUCAAAGUAUUGAUUAUAGAGUCAAUGGAAGAUAUUGCUUACAGCAAAAAAAUUGAAAACAGUGACAACGUCAAAACAAAAACGCAAAUUAUGCGUAAAUUACAACGAAAAUAGUCUUUCGUGUUUUGGGGAAAAAAGAGAAAAACAAAGUGAACACACAACCGAACACCCUACACAGCCAAUCGUUGGCACACUUGCACAAACCAAUAUGUUUUCAAUGGUCGGCAGUUCGGGAACGGGCGAUAAAAUGAAAAAGUCUUUUCGCAAAUCGUUGUUUCUAUUUCGUUGUUUUAUAUUAGUGAUUGUUAUUGCAUCAGCCUUCGCUACAGCAACUACAACUACGCAGAAAGCAGAAGAUAGUGAGGUCGUUGACGAUGAUAUUAGUAAUCGUCUGCCGAAGGAGGGCUGCACAGAUUUGGCCCGUGACGAGGAAACCCUGAUGGUUUUUUCGACAUUAGGGGGCGGUUUGACGGCGAUCGAUCCAAUAACAAGCGAGAUACGUUGGACCAUAGCGGAUGAUCCUCCAAUAAGAGCCGAACAGCAGCAGAAUGUUCAUGUGCCACAAUAUUUACCGGAUCCCAGAGAUGGAAGCAUUUAUCAACUUGGCGACAUGGGUAAUUUGAAAAAGUUACCCUACACCAUACCGCAGCUAGUAGCCAAUGCUCCCUGUCGGUCUUCGGAUGGAAUUUUAUAUUCUGGCAAAAAGAGCGACACGUGGUUUAUCGUUGAUCCAAAAUCGGGGCGGCGAGAAAAGGUGGGCUUUGAUGGCUCAGUGGAAGGUGGAGGAUCAGCCGGUGAACGCAUAGGUUGGGCAACAUCAAGGGCCAUCUAUUUGGGCAGGACACAAUACACGGUUAUGAUGUUUGACAGCAUGAAUAAGAAUAAAAAUACCAAGCCAUGGAAUAUAACAUUUUACGAUUAUAGUUCGAUGGCCACCACACCUGAUAUAUCAAAGGAUUACGAAUACCUACACUUGACCACUACCACCAAUGGAAAUAUAUUGACUUUGGAUCGUAAAAAGGGCAAAUUUGUAUGGAAAAAUGAUUUGAGCAGCCCCGUUGUAGCUGCUUUUCUUUUGGGCCCCGAGGGCUUGUUAAGUGUGCCUUUUACCACUGUAUCCGACGAAGCUUUUCAGGCCAUUUUGGAUGAAUCUAAAGAUGGCAACGUGAAUACUGUGAAAUUGUUCCAAUCACUGUACGUGGGCGAACAUGGCAAUGGCCUAUAUGCCCUGCCUUCGUUGGUAGACAAAAAUACACCGCGAAUUUCUACAGCUCCACCUAUACAUUUAUUGGGUGGUCCUGAGACCGAUGUUGAUCCCAAUACCGUUUAUCUAAACGAUGUCUUAAAAAAGAACGCUGGCAUUCUGUUGGGCUACUAUAAUCGACCCAAUGAUGUUAACUUACAACUCUCGCCAUCUCCCACAGUAACUAAGGAUGAUGGCAAUCACCAAUUGGCUACUAUUAGUGCUUCUCUUAAGGGUCCUGGUCGUAGUAUUCUUUCAUCGGACAAAGAAAGCACUACAGCUACGUCGAAUAUUGGCACACAAACUGAGCCAGUCAUAGAGUUGGAAAUUGAAUCGGAAGUUCCCAACAAAACAUUUGGCCGUUUCGCCCUGAAUAAGACCAAGGAAAUUAUUAUAGACAAUAGCAAGCAAGUGCGUUCCUUCAUCUACGAGUGGUUUAUUGACCACCCCAGCAAUCGGGUACAUGUCAUUUUGUGCAUCAUUAUCAUUGUAAUGUUCAUGAUGUUCUGGUACAUGCACAGUUCUAUGCGUGAAUUGAGAAAUCAAAGUGAGAAUGGCUCCAAAACAUAUAGCGGUAGCCGAGGCAGUGGUAGUAGUAAUAUUAGUGCUCAAGAUCUCAUUGACCUGGGAGAUGGACAUAUACGUGUUGGCAAAAUCUCCUUCAAUUCGAAUGAAGUUCUGGGCAAAGGUUGCGAGGGUACUUUCGUUUUCAAGGGAACAUUUGAAGAACGUUAUGUGGCAGUUAAACGACUGCUGCCGGAAUGUUUCACAUUUGCCGAUCGUGAAGUGGCAUUGCUGCGAGAGAGUGAUGCUCACGAGAAUGUUGUGCGUUACUUUUGCACAGAGCAAGAUCGUCAGUUUCGUUAUAUAGCUGUAGAAUUGUGUGCCGCAACAUUGCAAGAUUAUACAGAAGGAGAACGCAGCAUAGAUCUAAGAUCCCAGAUAGCGGUAUGGGAAGUUUUAAAGCAAGCUGCAUCCGGCUUAAGUCAUUUGCAUUCAUUGAAUAUUGUUCAUCGUGAUAUAAAACCCCAGAAUGUAUUACUUUCGUUGCCUGACAACAAUGGCGUAGUAAGGGUUAUGAUUUCCGAUUUUGGUCUUUGCAAGAAACUUAACUAUGGCAAAACCAGUUUCUCAAGACGUUCAGGUGUAACAGGCACCGAUGGCUGGAUAGCUCCAGAAAUGAUGAGAGGCCAAAGAACGACAACAUCUGUUGAUAUUUUCUCCUUGGGUUGUGUGUAUUACUAUGUUCUCAGCAGAGGACAACAUUUGUUUGGCGAUGCACUCAAAAGACAAGCAAACAUCUUAACCAACGAUCAUAUUCUUGAUCACUUAAAACCCGACAAUAGUAAUGAGUGUAGUAAAUACAUCUUAGCUGGCGAACUUAUCAGCGAUAUGAUCCAUAGAGAUCCCCAAUGCCGUCCUCCUGCCAAGUGUAUUGGUAACCAUCCCACAUUUUGGACGGACAAAAAGAUUUUGGCCUUUCUUCAAGAUGUUAGCGAUCGUGUGGAGAAGUUGCAAUUCAAUGUGGAGCCACUGAAAUCGCUGGAAAAGAAUGGUACUAUUGUUGUCUUGGAGGAUUGGAAUAUCCACCUGGACCCAAUUAUAACCGAGGAUUUACGGAAAUUCCGUGGCUAUAUGGGAGCAAGUGUUAGAGAUUUAUUGAGAGCAUUGAGAAAUAAGAAACACCACUAUCAUGAAUUAAGUGAUGAAAUGCAAAAUAUACUUGGCAGCAUUCCACACGAAUUUACCAACUAUUGGAUAAGUAAAUUCCCCUACUUGAUAUCGCAUGCCUAUCAUGCCUUCAGUAUUUGCUCAAAUGAGCCCAUUUUUAAGUCCUACUACAAUUCAUCAUACCACUUCACACGACCGGAUUAUUUUGAUGCGGAUGAUGAUCUGUACCCAACACUUUUGCAGAGAGAUCCCAAGCCAUUGGCCAAACAAACAACAUCAUCCGGCAAUGCAAGUCCGAAAAAACCGCUAACACCACAACAGCCUAGACAACGUAAGGGCAACUAUAAUUUCCGCAAGCCCCCAGCAGAGGGAGAUGAUUUGAUGCCAGCUCAUGGAGGGCUGCAGCGUAAUUUCGAUAGUAAUUAUCCAUCCAACGAGGAUGAAAAACGUGAUGUGUUUGCAAAUUUUAAAUUCAGACGCAAUAACAAAUCCUCAAAUCGUAGUUAUAAUAAUUUAGGUAAAAAAGACAAAAACGUCACUUGGACAUUGUCCCCGACGACAACUGUCAGUACUAUGCAGCCCUCUAACACCAUGCCAAAAGAUGAAUAGUAAUUAUGUAUGUGCAAUUUUCUAUGUUCUUCUUAGAUUUAAGUAUACAUGCUGGGGACUUUUUUGUGACUGCCCCUGUGUUGCCGGUCCUAUUAUUAUUUAGUAAAAUGUAUUUAAUUCCAAAAAAAAAAAACAACAAAUGAUUUAACCCAAAAAUAUCACAAUGAUUUGUAUUGUAUGUCACUGACUAAACACCCCUGUUAAUACUUAAGUUAGCAGUUACUAAGGAAUGCUGUAGUCUGUAAGAAAUGGUAUUUCGUUGUAGAGAUUGAUGAGGACGUCAGGCUACAACGAUUACCUCUUGUCUGUGAUAAAUAUGUGUAUAAUUAUUAUUUGUAUAUUAUGUCUCAAUUUUCCUUCUUAAUCCUAUCUACAGUUCUUUAAAAUCACACAAAUAGAAUAUAUUACUAUGACGCCUUAAUUUAUGCCCCUUAACGGACGCACGGACCGAUAGACACUCUCACAUUUAACUACAAAAUGUAGUUACAAUAAAAUGUUUUUUUUUUUAAUUCAACAUUUUUUUGUAA